AUGCCUCUCCCUGACACCGUCGAGCUGCCCGCUGGCUUCGACGCCCACGUCCACUUGCGUGAUGGUGACAUGUGCAAGGUUUGUCGACGUGCAACCUUCAAAGCAGAUCCCGAACACACCAACCAACUGAUUGUCCCAGAUCGUCGCCCCGACUGUCCGCCAGGGUGGAGUGAACCAGCACGUUUAUUGCUAACACAUCCGCUGGCCUUGAUCAUGCCCAAUCUUGCACCCACCCCCGUGACUACUGUAAAGAUGGCCCUGGACUACUCCGCGCGCAUCAAGCAGGCCGUGGGCAAGGACGAGGUCGACCUGCUCAUGACCCUCUACCUCCACCCGGACGUCACCCCCGAGACCAUCAGAGAGGCAAAGAAGGCCGGCGUUGCCGCCGUGAAGAGUUACCCCGCUGGCGUCACCACCAACAGCUCUGCCGGCGUCGUGGACUACGACGCUUUCCAUGAGGUCUUCAAGACCAUGGAGGAGGUUGACCUUAUCCUGUGCCUUCACGGCGAGUGCCCGUCCCACGCCGGCAGCGACAUCACAACUCUCAAUGCCGAGUCCAAGGUGAGCAGACGGAUCCGAAUUGUGUUCUGGACAUCCUUGUUGACAACUCUACUCCAGUUCCUCCCUACGCUCAAGGCCCUCCAUGCCAAGUACCCCAAGCUUAGGAUCAUUCUCGAGCACUGCACAACCGCCGAGGCUGUUGAGGCUGUUAAGUCAUGCCACCAUCUCUUCAUCACCAUUGACGAUGUCGUCGGUGACGCGCUGAACUUCUGCAAGCCCGUUGCCAAGCUCCCCGCCGACCGUAAAGCCCUCCUCAACGCCGUCGCCCAUAGCAACGGCAAGUUCUUCCUCGGCACCGAUUCGGCCCCGCAUCCCAUCACCUCCAAGACGGGUCCUUCCAAGGCCGCCGCUGGCGUCUUUACGCAGCCCUACGCCGUGCAGUACCUCCUUGCGGCCCUCGACGAGGCCGUCGCCCGGGGCGAGCUCCGAGACGAGGACAUCACCCAGGAAGGCCUCGAGGGCUUCGUCAGCGGCUACGGCCGCAAGUUCUACGGCACCGAGGACGUCCGUAAGGAGCGCAUCCGCCUCACGCGCGGUGGCGCCGUCGUCAACCAGACGUUCGAGGGCGCGGGCAUCCAGGUUGUGCCGUUCCGUGCGGGCAAGGAGACUUGGAGCCUGGAGUGGCUAUAG